UCCUAUGACAACAGAUAGACCACAGUUCUAGUCUCACGCUGCUAAGGUUCCGCUGUUAUUAUGAAAUGGUUAGUUUCUGACAUGUCCAAGAAUAAGCAGACAGCUGGACAUAAAGGUGCCUACAGUUCCCAGAGGAAAAAGGAAGGGGAGGUAAGGAGUUGUAUACGGUACAGAUGUGGCCUGACCAACACCAUUCAGGAUGUCCUAAACCAGAGACCAGGCUGGGUAGAGGUGAAAGAUGAAGGCGAUUGGGACUUUAACUGGUGUGAUGUUGGAUGGCUGAGAGAGAACUUCGAUCACUCGUACAUGGAGGAACACGUGCGGAUAUGUCACUUUCGCAACCACUACGAGCUGACUCGAAAGAACCUGAUGGUAAAAAACCUGAAGAGGUAUAGAAAAAAUUUAGAGCGGGAGGCUGGGCGUUUAGAGGCAGCCAAAUGUGACUUUUUCCCACGGACGUUUGAGCUGCCCAGUGAGUAUCACAUAUUUGUGGAAGAGUUUAAGAGAAGCCCAGGGAGCACUUGGAUCAUGAAGCCUGUGGCACGAUCACAAGGGAAAGGAAUUUUUCUGUUUCGGAAACUCAAAGAUAUCAUAGAUUGGAGGAAGGAUGGCACCCGCUCUGAAGAACAGAGAGAUGAGGCUCAAGUUGAGAGCUAUGUCGCUCAGCGCUACAUUGAGAAUCCCUACCUCAUAGCUGGGAGAAAAUUUGACUUGAGAGUCUAUGUUCUUGUAACAUCAUAUAUUCCAUUGAAGGCCUGGCUGUAUCGUGAUGGUUUUGCUCGAUUUUCCAACACCAGGUUCUCUCUCAACAGCAUAGAUGAUCAGUACGUUCAUCUCACCAAUGUUGCAGUGCAAAAAACUGCUCCUGAUUAUGAUCCUGAGAAGGGUUGUAAGUGGCUGAUGCAACAGCUGCGCUGUUAUCUGACUGCUAAGCAUGGUUUCGAGACAGUGCAGACUCUGUUUAAAGAAAUUGACAACAUAUUUAUUCGCAGUUUGCUUAGUGUUCAGAAGACCAUCAUCAAUGACAAACACUGUUUUGAGUUGUACGGAUAUGACAUACUGCUGGACCAGGAUUUAAAGCCGUGGCUAAUCGAAGUGAACGCUUCACCCUCCCUCACAGCCAGCAGUCAGGAGGACUAUGACCUAAAAUACAGACUGCUGGAGGACACCUUGCACAUUGUAGACAUGGAGGGCCGUCUGACAGGCAAGGAGAAGAGGGUUGGCGGAUUUGACCUAAUGUGGAACGAUGGACCCGUCUACACGGAUGUCGGUCUAGAGGCCAUGGGUUGUUCUUGCCUCGUGGCAAAUACACACCUUGGCUGUGUGAAUGAUCGCCAGAAACAGCUUCAACAGCUUCUAAAGCCUUUCCCAGGACAGAAGAGAACAUGACAUGCAGAUGACAUCUAAUCAGUGUGACAAACUACGCAUGACAUCCCACAAAUAUCUACAAUGCUUAUAAUAUUCACCCAAGGAUUCAGACGAGUGUAAAUAUGAGCAUUUAAAUACCCAGAAGAGAUUGCAAAGCCACUGAAUAUUUUCAUUUACUUGCUGAAAAUUACAUGGUCUGUCACUGUUUACCGUUUUAUAAUGAAAUUUCAAUGACGGUAUCAAUCUCUGCAUUCAAAUAAAUACUGUAGACAGAGGCUCUGAUGAUGUAAUGAAAACGGUUUAUUUUGUAUCUCAUAAAAAUAGCUGCAUUCAACUCUACCAAAAAAGUGUCAGCAAAAUAAAAGCACAAUCUGACAAUGAUAGGACAAAAGU